GCGCAGCGCGGCGGGGGAGGUAAGAUGGCGCCGCGCCGGGCGCUUCGCCUUUGCAGUUAGGCUGCUGCUCGCCCUUUCUGUCAGCCCAGCGCGGUACGUCGUCUCCUGCAGCGUCGGAGUCUCUCUGGUUGCUGGGCUUUCGGGGAGCCAGGGUCUCCGGUGCCGGGGAGCCGUAGGACAAGAUGGCGCUUGCAGGACGACGGCCAAGGCGCUCGUGGGAGCGCUGAGGCGGCCGGGGACAAAGGCGGCGUGCCGGGGCGUGGGGGCGGGGCGCGCCGCGCCGUUGCAGUGGUGCCGCGUGGGACAGGCGCCGCGCUUCCGGUCUGCUGCUGUGGAGAGUCGGCCAACGUGGUUUUGGUAUGAACAGGAUUCGGAUUCACGUCUUGCCAACGAAUCGGGGGAGGAUCACCCCAGUGCCCAGGUCGCAGGAGCCCCUUUCCUGUUCGUUCACUCACCGCCCGUGCUCCCAGCCGCGCCUGGAGGGGCAGGAGUUCUGCAUUAAGCACAUCCUCGAAGACAAGAAUGCACCCUUCAAACAGUGUAGUUACAUCUCGACGAAGAAUGGAAAAAGGUGCCCCAGUGCUGCCCCAAAGCCCGAGAAGAAAGAUGGGGUGUCUUUCUGUGCCGAACACGCUCGAAGAAAUGCCCUAGCACUUCAUGCUCAGAUGAAGAAGAGCAACCCAGGCCCUAUGGGUGAAACCCUCUUGUGCCAGUUGAGCUCAUAUGCUAAAACAGAGCUGGGCUCGCAGACCCCAGAGAGCAGCCGCAGUGAAGCCAGCCGGAUACUGGAUGAAGACAGCUGGAGUGAUGGGGACCAGGAACCCAUUACUGUGGAUCAGACAUGGAGAGGUGACCCUGACAGUGAAGCUGAUAGCAUAGACAGUGAUCAAGAAGAUCCCCUGAAACAUGCUGGUGUCUAUACAGCUGAAGAAGUGGCUCUUAUUAUGAGAGAAAAGCUAAUUCGUUUGCAGUCUUUGUACAUUGAUCAGUUUAAAAGACUACAGCACCUGCUCAAAGAGAAGAAGCGCCGUUAUUUACAUAAUCGGAAAGUGGAACACGAAGCUUUAGGUAGUAGUCUCCUGACUGGCCCUGAGGGACUUUUGGCCAAAGAGAGAGAGAAUUUAAAGCGACUAAAAUGUCUUAGGCGAUACCGUCAACGGUAUGGAGUGGAAGCCUUACUACACAGGCAGCUGAAGGAACGCAGAAUGCUGGCCACCGAUGGGGCCGCUCAACAGGCUCACACCACUCGUUCCAGUCAGAGGUGCUUAGCCUUUGUGGAUGAUGUGCGCUGCUCCAAUCAGUCUCUCCCGAUGACCAGACACUGCCUUACCCAUAUCUGUCAGGAUACAAAUCAGGUUCUCUUCAAGUGCUGCCAGGGAUCUGAAGAGGUCCCCUGCAACAAACCUGUUCCCGUAAGCCUUUCUGAGGAUCCCUGCUGCCCUCUGCAUUUCCAGUUGCCUCCUCAGAUGUAUAAGCCCGAGCAGGUACUGUCUGUGCCAGACGAUCUGGAAGCCGGCCCCAUGGAUCUGUACUUGAGUGCUGCCGAGCUUCAGCCCACUGAGAGUUUACCACUGGAGUUGAGUGAUGACUUGGAUGUUGUGGGUGAUGGUAUGCCGUGCCCUCCGUCACCGUUGCUCUUUGAUCCUUCACUAACUCUUGAAGAUCAUUCAGUCACAGAAAGUGCCAGAGGCCCAGGACAGAUGCAGGGAGCUGGGGAUGGGUGCAGAUCCCAGGGACCUCGGAGUGUAGAGAAAGCCUGUGCAGCAUUCCCUCAGCGUGGAUUGGCUACUGCGAAUGGAAAACCAGAACCCACCUCUAUCAGUUGACAGUUCUUUCUGGGAAUUGUUUGCCUUUGGAUUUGAACUGUCCAUUCUUCAGACAAGUGCAUCUCUGAUCAUCUCUCCCUGAACAGGGACAACUCAGACCACGUUGUUUCCUUCGGGGCUUUAGAGCGCUAUAGACAAACAUCAGCCAAGUUUGUGCGGAAUGAAUAUUUAGUAUUUAAGUUUUGGUUUUUUUUUUUUGUUUGUUUUGUUUUGUUUUUCCCCAAGGAAGAGUGUGAGGUGAUCCCUGCCUUUGGGAUGCAAUGCAUAUUGGAGACUGCCUGCGAGAGAGACAUUCUGUAAUGGGACUCCUAAGCCAUGGACAGAAACCCACAUGGAUGUCCAGGCGGCAGUGCUGGGGAUGGUCCUCUGCAGGAGUUGGCUUAGUGUCUGGCUAGCUGUAUCUAAAGGCCUGUAUGUAAGCCUUCCCUCUGCUCCACGUAAUUGGGCAAUACAAACCCCUUUUCCUAGUGAACUGUGACUGAGAAAAGCAGCUCACAGGUCUGGGCUCUCCUUAGUUAUUCUUGCUUUUAACUUAUGUAAGUUCCUGUGGUGACUCCUCCAUGUAAGAUGUAGUGAAAUUACUGUAUAUAGUUUCUAUUAAAUGUUAAAAUGCUAUGAA